AUGCUAAAGUGGAUUCAAGGUGGUAUUUCUGCCGUCACCGGUAUUGCUGAGCCUGAAUACGGCAAAGAUUUUAUCCAUCCAGUGACCGAAACGGUAAAGGGAAAGCAACCGUUCCAUCAAACGACAAGAGAAGAUUUCAACUGGCUAAGUCCUAGUCACACCAACGUGGAAACUGCCACGUUCUAUUUUUCAGAUCUCAAGCAAGGUUACAUCGGAUUUGCACAAGUCAUUCACUCCAAUAUCGUCGGGUUGCAUACCACGGCACAGUUAACCUUCAGAGUAUACAAUGUCCAAACACCAGAGUUCAACAUAUGGACCUCGACUAAACUCGAAAAUUUCAGAAUUGAUGGACCAAAUUUCUAUGCUGACAAUCUUGCUAUCGAAAUGGAUGCCGCUGGAUCCCAAGUUACGUUCAAAGCUUCAGUGUCGCCAGACACCACCAUUGACUUAACUUUCGAUCGGUUAGUCCCUGGUGUUAAAGUCGGUGAAAACGGUACCACUUACUACGGUGACAAUUUGGAGCAACCUUGGGGUACCAUGAGACAUAUUUUCUGGCCCAGAAACAAGUGUCAUGGAUCUCUAAAAGUUGACGUAAGCAUAGGGUCUGAAAAGCCCAGUUACAAAGACAUAGUUUUCUCCCAAGAACAACCAGUUUAUUCUAUGUUUGUGAUGGCUAUACAAGGUUUGAAACCGCAUCAUGCAGCCAAAUCUUGGAAUUUUCUAAACUUCCAAUCUGAAUCUCACAGCGCAGUUCUUAUGGAGUUCACUACACCCAAAUCUUACGCCAACACCGCAGUCUCGAUUGGCAUACUCUGCAGUAAAGACGAUGUCAUCAGUGUUAGUAUCGACAACAAGAUUACUCACAUGGAUCCAAAAGUUGACUCUGUUGGCUGGCCCGUGCCCCAAGGCCUCGAAGUUGAAUUUGACGGUGUCUCUGCCCAUGUGAGUGACGCAGAUAUUGAAAAGGCUAAGCCUGUAACCGGUGUGGCCUCAGGUCCGCUCAAACAACUAGUUGAAAGAGUGGACGUUAUGAAAGAAAUUCCUACUUUUGUCAAGAAUAUCGUCUCGGGUGUUGCUGGUACCAAGCCAUACAUCUACCAGUAUGCUAACGAUUUUGACCUCACUGUUGGAGACGAACCUGCAGUGAAGGGUUUGGGAUGGAGCGAAAUCACUUUUAUUUCUGAGGCUGAAGAGGUGACUGAGGAAUCUUAUAGUGAAAAGUAA